CCAAUCAUCCAAACAGAGUUAUCAGCUCGCUUAUACACUCCUAUGGAAGAAGACAAAAGUACUAACACCAUUGAACCCCAAAAGGGAGCUCAACAAAACCCUAUACAUUGGCCCAAACAAGCAUGGACCCAUUUCGAAUUAGUUCGUCAAAAAUCCCCAUUAGUUCAAUGUAUAACCAACUUCGUUUCAAUGGAUUUGAUGGCCAAUACUCUGUUAUCCGCCGGUGCAUCGCCGGCGAUGAUUCAUUCCGUUGAAGAAAUCCCAGAAUUUACUCCAAAAGCCCUUGGAGUUUGCAUAAAUGCCGGAACCCUCGCUCCUGACUGGCUACCCGGCAUGAAAUUGGCGGCACAGGUGGCGAAUCAAUCGAAAAAACCUUGGGUGCUUGAUCCUGUAGCUGCCGGUGGGUCAAGUUUCCGGUUAAAGGCGUGUUUGGAGCUACUUGCUUUAAAACCUAGUGUUGUUAGAGGCAAUGGGUCUGAGAUUCUUGCUCUUUUUAAGGGUUGUGUUGACUCAAAUUCGAAGGGUGCAGAUAGUGUACAUGGUUCAAGUGAUGCUGUUGAAGCUGCUAAGUCUCUUGCUCAACAAAGUGGUAGUGUAGUCGCUAUUUCUGGAGCUGUUGACUAUAUCACAGAUGGUGAUAGGGUUGUUUGUGUUCAUAAUGGGGUGCCUAUGUUGCAAAAAAUUACUGCUUCUGGAUGUUCUGUCACUGCCCUCAUUGCUGCCUUUGUCGCAGUUGAUCCAUCCCAUGCUGUUGAAGCAACAGCUUCUGCAUUGGCUAUCUUUGGUGUCGCAAGUGAAGUAGGGAUGGACAUGGCUAGAGGUCCAGCUUCACUGCGGACACUGUUGAUUGAUUCGUUAUAUGGACUUGAUGAAGCUACUGCACUUGGUCGAGUAAGAAUCAACCGCCUUUAAUGCUUUUAGAGGAGAAAUGAAUGUGUGCAUGUCAUUUAGAUCAAAUGUGAAGUUAUAUAGCAUCAAGUAUAUGUCGAAUCAUCAGCUCAUGUCAUUUUACUUGG